AUGUCGAACGGCUCCGGGACAAUGAAGGCGGUCGUCUUCGACGGGCCGUACAAGGUCUCAGUUCAGGACCGCCCAAUCCCCAAGGUGGCCCAUGAGCGGGACAUUGUCAUCAAGGUGCAAGCCACGGCACUAUGCGGUUCAGACUUGCACAUCUAUCGAGGCCUUGAGCCCACCGACCCCGGCCCCAUCAUGGGCCACGAGUUCGUAGGCCAUGUGAUCGAGGCAGGCGCCGGCGUCCAGACCGUCGCCGUCGGUGACAAGAUUGUCUGCCCAUUCACCGUAUCAUGCGGCCAGUGUUGGUACUGCCGUCAGGGUGACACGGCACGAUGCGUGGAGAGUGCAUGUUUCGGCUCCCCGAACCUCAAUGGAGGCCAGGCUGAAUACGUGCGGAUCCCCCACGCGGACGGGACCGUCAUGAAGGCGCCCAGCAGCGUCCCUGAAAACGCCCUCAUCCUCAUGGCUGACAUUCUCCCCACCGGCUUCUACGGUGUCAAGAGCGCCCUGGCCAUGGCGCAAGGGGCCGACGUGAGCCAGUCCACCAUGGUCAUCAUCGGCGCCGGCCCUGUCGGCUGCUGCGCGGCCCUUUCCGCCCUCCACUUUAAGCCGAAACACCUAUUUGUCGUCGACAGCGUCGACAGUCGCCUCGACAUUGCCAGGAAGCUCGGCGCCGAACCUCUGAACUUCCAGAAAGACCCGGCCGGCAUGAAGGCGCGCGUCAUGGAGGUCACAGAAGGUCGCGGCGCCGACAUGGUCGUCGAGGUCGUCGGUCUGUCGCCCGCUCUCCGAACCGCCUUUGACUUGGUGCGCCCAUUUGGUGUCAUCAGCAGCAUUGGCGUCCACAACGCGGAGAUCCCCUGGUCCGCGACUGAAGGAUACGACAAAAAUUUGCGUUUCCAGAUGGGACGAUGCCCGGUGCGCAAGGUCUUUGCGGAAGCGCUGGACAUCCUGGAGAGAUACCACGAGAAACUGAACUUCAUGUUCGACAAGAUCAUGCCCCUUUCCGACGCCGUCGAGGCGUACGACCUCUUCGACAAGAGACAAGUGCAAAAGGUAGUCUUCACCGUGUAA